AAUCUGAUUUUCCAAGUGAGGGUACCUGUGCAUUAUCUGACACUUGGGGCUAAGAAAAGAAAGAAAACAGAUCAAUGACUGCUGCUGGAUCCACACCCAGACUGCAAGCUCUCUGUGCCUCCAUGCUCCCUGUGUUCUUGGCUGCCUGCUCCAGCUGCUGACAGGGCUGCCACUUCUACAACUCCGGUAUCAGAAGAGGAAAGAGGCCUCAGCUUCCAGAUCACUUCCUCUUGGUGGGAACUAUUUAGCCCAGGAAUAAAGAUGGCUGCCAUACAAGAAGAAGGCUCUUGCAUCAACUUCAGGGAAAUGGCAUUUAUUGACAACACACUUUACUUUAUACCUGAAGAUGAUGGAGACCUGGAAUCAGACUACUUUGGCAAGCUUAACCAUAUAAGCACAGUCAUACGAAAUAUGAAUGACCAAGUUCUCUUCGUUGACAGAAGAAAGCAACCUGUGUUUGAGGACAUGACUGAUGCUGACCUAGGGGCUAAUGCAGCACAGACCAGACUGAUAAUAUAUAUGUAUAAAGAUUCUGAUGCAGGGGGACUGGCUGUAACCCUCUCUGUGGAGAAUGAAAAAAUGUUUACCCUCUCCUGUAAGAACAAAGUAAUUUCCUUUCAGGAAAUGGAUCCACCUGAACAUAUCAAUGAUACAAAAAGCGAUAUCAUAUUCUUUGAGAGAGGUGUUCCAGGACACAACAAGAUGCAAUUUGAAUCUUCACUGUACAAAGGACACUUUCUAGCUUGUGAAAAGGAGGGUGAUAAUUUCAAACUCAUUUUGAAAGAAAAAGAUGAAAAUGGGGAUAAAUCUGUAAUGUUCACUGUUACUACCUUACCUCAAAGUUAGGUAUUAAGUAUUUUUGUGUUCCAGAAAGAUGAUUAGAAUACAUGAGUCUUAUGAUAACCCAUUCUGUGUUGCCAUAACAAAAUGCCUGAGGCUGCAUAAUUUAUAAAACAAACAGGUUUAUUUA